AUGGAAGAGAUGGAAGAGGAGCUCAAAUGCCCGGUUUGCGGAUCCUUCUACCGAGAACCUCUAAUCCUACCCUGUUCACACAAUCUGUGUCAGGCGUGUGCCCGAAACAUCCUGGUGCAGACGCCAGAGACGGAGUCGCCUCAGAGCCGGCGUGCCUCAGGAUCAGCUGGCUCCUCAUCUGACUAUGACUACCUGGACCUGGACAAGAUGAGCCUGUACAGUGAGGCGGACAGCGGCUAUGGCUCAUAUGGUGGCUUUGCCAGUGCACCUACUACACCAUGUCAGAAGUCACCCAAUGGUGUGCGUGUCUUCCCUCCAACUGUCCCUCCAGCUGCACAUCUCCCACCGCUUUCAGCCACUGCCUCAUUGGCACCGGUGCCACGCAAUUCCUGCCUCACCUGCCCACAGUGCCAUCGCAGCCUGAUUCUGGAUGAGCGGGGCCUUCGUGGUUUCCCCAAGAAUCGUGUCUUGGAGGGUGUCAUUGACCGUUACCAGCAAAGCAAAGCAGCUGCUCUGCGCUGUCAACUGUGUGAGAAGAUACCCAAGGAGGCCACGGUCAUGUGUGAACAGUGCGAUGUCUUCUAUUGUGACCCAUGCCGGCUGCGCUGCCAUCCACCACGGGGGCCCCUGGCUAAGCACCGUUUGGUCCCUCCAGCUCAGGGCCGGGUCAGCCGGAGGCUCAGCCCACGCAAGAUCUCCACCUGCACUGACCAUGAGCUAGAGAAUCACAGCAUGUACUGUGUGCAGUGCAAGAUGCCUGUUUGUUACCAGUGUCUGGAGGAAGGCAAGCAUUCCAGUCAUGAGGUGAAGGCGCUGGGCGCCAUGUGGAAACUACAUAAGAGCCAGCUGUCCCAGGCCCUGAAUGGACUUUCAGACAGAGCCAAAGAAGCCAAAGACUUUUUGGUACAGCUACGCAACAUGGUUCAACAAAUCCAGGAGAACAGCGUGGAGUUUGAAGCGUGCCUGGUUGCCCAGUGUGAUGCGCUUAUUGAUGCUCUCAAUAGACGGAAAGCCCAGCUGUUGUCACGGGUCAACAAAGAACAUGAGCACAAACUGAAGGUGGUACGUGAUCAGAUCUCUCACUGCACAGUAAAGCUGCGCCAGACCACAGGGCUGAUGGAAUACUGUCUGGAGGUCAUCAAAGAGAAUGACCCCAGUGGAUUCUUGCAGAAUCCAGAAGCCACAAUUUGCAUCUUGGCUGGAGGUAGAAGUCAGGGUUACACUAAUUUCUGUUUAGCUUCCUCCCCAGUGCCAGCCCCACCAAUCCUUCAACUGGAAGAAUGUUGUACCCAUAACAACAGUGCCACAUUGUCAUGGAAGCAGCCACCUCUGUCCACAGUGCAGGUGGAAGGAUACAUCUUGGAACUGGAUGAUGGGAAUGGUGGUCAGUUCAGGGAGGUUUACGUUGGGAAGGAGACAAUGUGCACUGUGGAUGGUCUGCACUUCAACAGCACCUACAGUGCUCGGGUAAAGGCUUUCAACAAGACAGGGGUCAGCCCCUACAGCAAGACAUUGGUCCUGCAGACUUCAGAGGACUCUGAACCUGAGGAGCAGGCCCUGACAUUCCCAGUGCCUUUGGAAAGGCUGCCGCUGCGUAGAUCAAGUCCUUUCUCUUCCACCCUUAACCUGCAAAACAGCUUUCCGGGGAGAUCCUACUUUGAGCUAAGAUCCUCGUCCCACCAAAUGAGUUUGCACUCCUCUUUACAAUCUCUGAAUUCGGCCGGCUGUAGUUUUGAGGCUCAGUCAGGACCUUUCUCCCAAUUAGUUGAUAUUAAAAAAAUGGUAGCAGUGGCUUGGUUUUCGUUUGACCCCAGCACUGCUCACUCCGACAUCAUCUUCUCGAAUGACAACCUGACAGUUACCUGCAACAGUUAUGACGACCGGGUCGUGUUGGGCAAAACUGGCUUCUCCAAGGGGCUCCACUACUGGGAGUUAUCCAUCGAUCGCUAUGACAACCACCCAGAUCCAGCUUUUGGGGUUGCCCGAAUGGAUGUUCUCAAAGAUGUCAUGCUAGGAAAAGAUGACAAGGCUUGGGCCAUGUAUGUGGAUAAUAACCGAAGCUGGUUCAUGCAUAACAACUCACAUACCAACAGGACUGAAGGAGGUAUCACCAAAGGUGCCACUGUAGGCAUAUUGCUUGAUUUGACCAGGAGGACCUUGACUUUCUCCAUCAAUGAAGAUCAGCAAGGACCAGUGGCCUUCGAGAAUCUGGAGGGUAUAUUCUUUCCUGCUGUCAGUCUCAACCGGAAUGUGCAAGUAACACUUCACACUGGCCUGCCGGUCCCAGACUUCUACAAUGCACGGGGAUCCCUGCAGUAG